AGCACUGUGUGGCAAUGUUACAAGCAGUUUCUGUAGAUCUCUUGGGAAUAUCUGGGAUUCAAAUGAUGAUAUAUAGUACUGCUGUGUAACAGUUUGGGAUACCGUGAAGGUCAGAUUAAAUGACCAGUACUGGGGGCCAAUAGAGCUAUUAAGAGUUUGUUCCUAAGGAAAUCUGUUAAACCUUCUCUUUGUUACACUUGAAGCUUCACACUAUCAAAACUACUCUAUGUGCUCGCCUUAGUCAAGUAGUGUCAGUGUUUUAUCAACAGAUAAUUGAGCUGCUGUAAAAAUUUUUUGGAAAACAGAGCUGUGACUAGCCAUUUUUUGUUGUGUAUGAUUUUUCUUCUAAAAACAAACUGAAAAGAGAAUUAAGGAAAACUUGAAAGAAUUGUUCCUCAUCCAAAAUGAUACCCUGUGGACCAGUUCUGUCAUUUGUUCGGUGUCUGUUGCGAAGAAAAAUUGUCUCUGUGGACAGUCUUGAAGAUUCCAAGUUAUGCCGAUGUUUAUCCACUGUGGACCUUAUAGCUCUGGGAGUGGGAAGCACUCUUGGUGCUGGUGUUUACGUACUUGCUGGAGAAGUCGCAAAAGCAGAUUCUGGACCUAGUAUUGUUAUUUCUUUCCUCAUUGCUGCCUUGGCAUCUGUGAUGGCAGGUCUUUGCUAUGCUGAGUUUGGUGCUCGUGUUCCCAAGACUGGUUCUGCAUAUUUGUAUACUUACGUAACUGUUGGUGAACUGUGGGCUUUUAUCACUGGCUGGAAUCUCAUUUUAUCAUACGUUAUAGGUACAUCCAGUGUUGCAAGAGCGUGGAGUGGCACCUUUGAUGAACUUCUUGGAAAACAAAUUGGUCAGUUUUUCAGAACCUACUUCAGAAUGGAUUUUUCUGGUCUAGCAGAGUAUCCAGACUUUUUUGCAGUAUGUCUGAUAUUGCUUCUGGCAGGUCUUCUGUCUUUUGGAGUAAAAGAAUCUGCAUGGGUGAAUAAGAUCUUCACUGCUGUUAACAUCUUGGUUCUCCUCUUUGUUAUGAUUUCUGGUUUUGUGAAAGGAGAAGCUGACAACUGGAAAAUAAGUGAAGAAUCUCUCAUAAACCUCACAGCACAGACAGGAAAUUAUUCUUCCUAUAAGAACGUGACAAGCAUGUUUGGGGCCGGUGGUUUUAUGCCAUAUGGUUUUACAGGAACAUUGGCUGGUGCUGCAACAUGUUUUUAUGCCUUUGUGGGAUUUGAUUGCAUUGCAACAACUGGGGAAGAAGUCAGGAAUCCUCAGAAAGCUAUACCCAUUGGAAUUGUGACUUCCCUGCUUGUCUGUUUUAUGGCCUAUUUUGGUGUUUCGGCAGCUUUGACUCUUAUGAUGCCAUACUAUCUUCUAGAUGAGAAAAGUCCUCUUCCUGUAGCCUUUGAAUAUGUUGGAUGGGGUCCUGCAAAGUAUGUUGUAGCAGUGGGAUCACUCUGUGCUUUGUCUACAAGUCUUCUUGGAUCCAUUUUCCCAAUGCCACGUGUAAUCUAUGCUAUGGCGGAAGAUGGGUUGCUUUUCAAAUGUCUAGCUCAAAUCAAUUCCAAAACGAAGACUCCAGUUAUUGCUACUUUGUCAUCGGGUGCAGUAGCAGCUAUAAUGGCAUUUCUUUUUGACCUAAAGGCUCUGGUGGAUAUGAUGUCUAUUGGUACACUUCUUGCUUACUCACUUGUAGCAGCCUGUGUUCUCAUCCUCAGGUACCAACCCAAUUUAACCUAUGACCAACCAAAAUAUUCUCCAGAGAAAGAGGCUCUGACAGGAUCAGAAAGGGAAUCUGAAAUUAGUAUGCUUCAAGGGCACCGCUUCAGUCUUCAGACAUUGAUGAAUCCAUCCAGUUUGCCAACAGAGCAGUCUGCUACUACUGUUAGCUUUUUGGUGGGUCUAUUAGCUUUUCUUGUGUGUGGGUUGAGUGUUCUGAGCACAUAUGGGAUUCAUUUUAUUGCUAAUAUGGAGCCUUGGAGCAUUGGUCUUCUUGCUGUGUUGGUAGUACUCUUCAUAGUCAUAGUUCUCACCAUUUGGAGGCAGCCUCAGAGCCAGCAGAAAGUGGCCUUUAUGGUUCCAUUCUUGCCAUUUUUGCCAUCCUUCAGUAUCUUGGUGAAUAUUUACUUGAUGGUACAGUUAAGUGGAGAGACUUGGAUCAGAUUUAGCUUCUGGAUGGCUUUUGGCUUCUUUAUUUACUUUGCGUAUGGCAUCAGACACAGUCUUGAGGGUCAUCCUAGAGAUGAGGAAGAUGAAGAUACUUGCUCCGAAAAUAGUGGAAUACAGGAAAAGAACCCUGUGGAAGAAGCAGAUGAACAUGUUGAUGAAAAUGCUCGGUUUAUUACACAUGAAAGGACAAGUGAAUGUUAAUGUUUGCAAACAACCUUAACGUGCAUGUCUCUUAAGUAAUAGUAAACUGUGACCGAAUGUAGUUGCUGAACGAAAUUGUCAAAAGGUAGCUGCCAGCAGAUUAACAAUAAUUUAUAUUUGUGCAUCUUGAAAGUGCCUACCACAAGGCAUGACUGACAUGUUGGAUUAGCUGCUAAUUCCUCUUGGAUACUUCAGAUCCAGUAUCAUGAAGACUUUCUUCAGUGAUAAAUUGAUGUCCCAGAUGAAAACAUCAAGGAAGAUGAGGGGAAGAACAGACUUCCAAGGGGAUAACUGUACCUUUGCUAUGCUAAAAUUUUGGUUGCACAAUUAUAUACAAUUAAUUGGUGAUCAUAAAGUAUAAAGAAUUUUAGGAUUGCUUACAAAAGAGGGCCCUGAACAUUUUAUGAGGAAAGCAACUGCUUUUCAUAUGUUCUUCUUACCCCUGUUCAUUAAAAUACUUUGUCACAGUCUGAUAGGGUAUCAUGAGUAACAAAUUUCAAAGUAGCAGCCUUGUUAGUCUGUAUUCGCAAAAAGAAAAGGAGUACUUGUGGCACCUUAGAGACUAACCAAUUUAUCUGAGCAUAAGCUUUUCGUGAGCUCACGUGAAAAGUACUCCUUUUCUCUAUUCUUUUUAUGGAUAACAAAGUGACCGUACUCUUUGAUCAUUAAAAUAUUGAAUUCCUUCUUAUUGCUUUACAGGGAACUAGUGUGAGAUUAAUUGGGAGUAGGUCUAGAGCAGUGGUUUUCAACUUCUGGGGGUCCACAGACUAUGUCUAAGGGGUCCGUGAAAGGUGACUAUGAAAAUAAAGUAUCAGGAGGUAGCCGUGUUAGUCUGUAUCCACAAAAACAACAAGGAGUCCGGUGGCACUUUAAAGACUAACAGAUUUAUUACACACCACACCACAGAAACACUAACCAAGGAACCAAUCCCUGUAGCAAACCUCGUUGCCUACUCUGUCCCCAUAUCUAUUCUAGUGACACCAUCAGAGGACCCAGCCACAUCAGCCACACCAUCAGAGGCUUAUUCACCUGUACAUCUACUAAUGUUAUAUAUGCCAUCAUGUGCCAGCAGUGCCCCUCUGCCAUGUACAUUGGCCAAACCGGACAGUCCCUACGUAAAAGAAUAAAUGGACACAAAUUGGAUACCAGGAAUGGUAACAUACAAAAGCCAGUAGGAGAACACUUCAAUCUUCCUGGACAUUCUAUAACAGAUUUGAAAGAAGCUAUACUUGAACAAAAAAGCUUCAGAAACAGACUUCAAAGAGAAACAGGAGAACUAAAAUUCAUUUGCAAAUUUAACAGGAUUAAUUUGGGCCUGAAUAGGGACUGGGAGUGGCUGGCUCAUUACAAAAGCAGCUUUGCCUCUCCUGGAGUUGACACCUCCUCAUUUAUUAUUGGGAGUGGACUUCAUCCACCCUGAUUGAAUUGGCCCUGUCAACACUGGUUCUCCACUUGUGAGGUAACUCCCUUCUCUUCAUGAGUCAGUUAUAAUGCCUGCGUCUGUAAUUUUCACUCCAUGCAUCUGAAGAAGUGGGUUUUUUACCCACGAAAGUUUAUGCCCAAAUAAAUCUGUUAGUCUUUAAGGUGCCACUGGACUCCUUAUGAAAAUAAAGUUUCAGAUCCCAGAAAAGGCAUUCCGUUUCUCUGAUCAAUCAAAAAUAUGCGAAUACUCCCAUCUACAGGUCAAAGCCUGGAAGUGUUACCGUAACCACAGAAGCCCAGAGUUUAUACUGUGCCAAGCACAUGCAGCAUUUUUUGUUGAAUUCUUUUCAGUCAGUUUUCAGUGUAGAACUUCUAGGGUAGGGGUCUGCAGACCACAGGUUGAAUUUCCAAAGGGGUCCACACCUCCAUUCAAAAUUUUUAGGGGUCUUCAAAUGAAAAAAGAUUGAAAACCACUGGUCUAGAGAAUAUUCUGCAAAGCUUGUUUACAAAUGGUAACAGCACAAAUCAGAUACUUUUAACAAAGUAGAGUACAAUAUAUUUAUAUCAAAGUAGUAAGGAAAUGUUCAAUUAUCCUUACCAGUAAGUAAAUAUGCAUAAUUCAGACUAUGAAGAUGCUUAUGAGCAAUGAUACACUGUAGGAAAAGUAUUCAAGAAUAUUAUUUUGUUUCAUAUGAAGUCACAUCUGAAUUUUUUUCCUUCCAAAGUUACUCCAGGUGCUAAAGGAAAAAUUCAGAAGCAGAGUGAAAUCACAGAGUGAAAUCCUGGCUCUAUUGAACUCAGUGGGAAUCUCUGUAAUUAGUACUUAUGUAUAGCAUUACUAAAAGCUUUCUUCUUCACAGCUAAAUUCCCUCUUCCUCCUCAUCCAUCAUAUGCAUAUUGGGGGAGAGGGGUCUGAUUGCAUACGUUGGGGGAGAGGGGUCUGAUUGCAUACAUUGCUUCUUGACGAGAAAACAAGUGCCUGUGGUACUAGAGUUCCUUGCACAGAGAGGAGGAGGAGGGUGGACAAACAUGGAGGCAAAGCUUUUAUUUAAAUAUAUUUAUUUUCAAUCCUGACAGGGUAUCUUCAGAGAUGGUAGGAUUUAAAUUUGAAAUAUAUCUAUUUGCAAAGUCUGAGUCCCCCCCUCCCGAACAAAUGUUUCAGUUCGUUUCAGUUUCAUUCAUUCAACAAAUGUUUCAGUUCGUGCACAUGGGUCUGAUGUCCAAAAGCCAGGAAGCAAGUUGUGAUGACAAUAUUGAAUAAAUAAUUAAUUUGAACAUAAUGAACGAUAUCUUGAUGGUUUUCUCUUCAGUGUAAAAGCAAAGAUUUGUGUUACCUAUCAAAGGUACAUAAUCAUUUAAAUAUUUUUAGUGUAUAUAGGCUUAAAUAGUUGGGAAGUAUCACUGUUAGUUAUGGAGGAUUUCAAAAUGUGGAGUUAUUUUGCCCAAAAUGUGUGUUAUUAAUUAAAAAUAAGUUCCCAAUAGUAAGCAAAGAGCAUCCAGAAUGCUGCCAUUGACUAAAGGAAAUAGAUAGUCCUACAAUCUAAAGGACAAUAUUGCCUAAGUACAUUAUGCUGUUAGUUUUCUCCUUUACUCACUGUAAGGCAAGACCCAGUGAACACAGUUUUGACAGGUGUCUUCAAACACUUAUGUUGUCUGAUAUUAAAAAUCAUCUUUACACUUCUACAACAUCUAGAAUUUCAUAGAGAAGGUGGAAAGCCAUUGUGUGUGUGUGUGUGUUUUAGCGGCAUUGGAUUCUUGCUACUUUUUAGGUAUAAAAGUAAAUUCCAGUGUUAGCAGCAGCUCAUGUGCACAAACCCUGGUGAACACAAAAAUAUAAAAGCUUCUUGGCACAGAACCAGAAAUGUGUUGAUACCAUAUAGGGGAAUUGGUUUUUAAUGUUGAGCUUGUUCUUUUACCCCUCAGUUUGGAUUGGAUAGUGGAUAUCUUGCAGUACCUGGAAUGGAGGGAGGGGUGGAUUUGUGCUGUUGCACCAGCGGCCCCUACUGACCAUUAACAACAAGAGGGUGCGUGCUGAAAAGAACUCCACUAAACUAAGGGAAGCUGAUUAGCAACGUAGUUUGGGUGAGGAGGAAGGAAAGGUGCUAGGAAAGUGGAUGGAAAGCAAACAACCCAACAAAAGUUCAUGUGGGUAGGUGGGUGCAACUCUAUUGUCUUCAAAGGAAUGAAUGUGACCCUAUGUUAGAUAACAGCUUUUACUAUUACUAUUCAGCAAAAUAGAAAUCAAAGUUCAGAUGUUGGUUUCCUUUUUUUUGGAAGCAUUUUUUAACUUACAUGAUGGGAUGUCUUCUGAGUUAGAAGCAUUUUUAUUUGGAAAUAGAGAAAGACGCUAUUAUUGGAAUGGAAAUUCCUUUGUCUCAGUUUUGAGGAUGUUACUACUAAGUGGAUUAAAAAUACUAUCUGUGUAGAGGAAAACUGACAUUAGUCUCUGCUCAUAUUUCAGAGUAACAGCCGUGUUAGUCUGUAUUCGCAAAAAGAAAAGGAGUACUUGUGGCACCUUGGAGACUAACCAAUUUAUUUGAGCAUAGCUCAGAAAGCUUAUGCUCAAAUAAACUGGUUAGUCUCUAAGGUGCCACAAGUACUCCUGCUCAUAUUUGUUUCUACAUAAUGUGUGUGUAACUAAUAUAUUUUAGAAAAUGUAAUAGUAUUUACAGUUUAUUAAUCAUCGAUACUUCAAGAGAUUUUAUCUUUUUUUAAAAACAUCCAUUGAUUUAAUGGGACCUUUGUGGGGAGAGAAACUUGCAGACUUGGGCUCCCUAUAUUUAUAAAAUUUCUAAUAUGAAAUUAUAAAAUAUGAAUACCUGUUUAGAAAUCUUAUUAGAGGUGAAUGAAGAUCCAUUAUUCUAGUGUGUAUUAUAAUGUUUGCCUUAAUCCCUGAAAUGCUAGGAAUUAUGUUUAACUGUGUGUCAUGGGACAACCAGUGACCACCAGGAUGGGUUUAAUUUUUUUUUUGUUUUUUAAUGUAACCGCUUUCUUCAGACUUUUAAAAUCAUAUACCGUAGAGAACAGAUUUUAGAUGUAGUUGGAUGGGCCUCUCACUCAUCAUUCAGAAUGAUGCAGUGACUUAUUACACUAAUAUAGAUAGAUAAAUGUUUACUAAAUAAGAAUAUUAACAUAGGAAUGUUCACAGCUUUUUAGAAAUACUGAUCAGUUUCAAUAUCUUGUCAAAUGAAUGAAAAAAAGAUGUCUGUCUCAGUUAGGUCUAAUAUUUCACUUAUACUUUCCAUCAGGGGCCCAUUUUGAUUCAGAGUAGGACAGAAACAUCAUAUUCACCAUUUGAAAUUAUUAGAAAUACAAGACUCUCAAAGCUUUUGGGAGGAAGCUAGAAAUAACUAUUUUUAAAAAGAAUGUAUUCAGCUAUUUGCUAAAUCAUCUUUUUAGGUAUAGAACUUGUUUUACAACAGCUCUGAAAAUCUCUGAUUUCAUUAUUUGAAACAGAGAAGCUGAUACUUGUUGUCCUACUCAGCAUCAUGAAAUUGUCAAGACAGCAGCUUCCUGUUAAAAUACAAUUUUAAAAGCAUAGUCUAACAGCAUUUUUUGGAGGAAAUCCUACCUCUUUCAGUGCAGCUUUUUAGGAGCUGCUGAUGCAGUGCAAUCAGGCCGGUCCUGUUGGGGUAGAGAGGAAAUGUAUGAAGAGUCCAUGUCUGGGUCUGCACCCUAUGCACAGUAAAGCAUACCUCUCUGGUGGCUCCUUGAGUGUCCCUGUGCAACCAAAUUUGUUUGUGGGACAUGGGCUGGUUACUUCAUUGCUUUACGAUGAGCAGCAGAGCAGGAGAGUUAAGUGUUAUCACAGCCUUAAGUGCUAUUGCAGUUCUGUGACCUAGAGGGAGGAGUCAUUCACUUCAUUGCACUAAACUUGGUUGCUUGAAGGGGAAGAGGGGAAUAUCUGUGUCUGUGUGGCUGUCUUGGUAAUUUACUCUUUGUAAUUCAGUGUAGCGAUUAAAAUAAUUUCUGUGUUGCACUGCAAUUUUCCUUAGAAGGGACACUGUUAAUAACACUUCUGACUGAAAAGUGUUACCUAUUAUUGCUACCUAAGAUUUUGACAGAUCUUGAAAGACUAAAGAAAUUUUGUUUUCAGUUUGUUUAGUUUGUGUGUAUUUGACAGCACUUUGUGUAUAAACAGUUUCCCCUUUUGUUUGCAUAGAUAUUUCCCACAACAACAGGGGAGAAAUAAAGACAUUUAAAAAACAGUAAAAUGUGAUUGUACAGAUAUCCCAGGGGGCUCAGGAGCAGGCAUAGUACUGGAAAUCACUUGUAACUAAUUUUUUUAGUUGACUUAAUUUCAACUUAAAGAAACAUCAUCAGAUCUUCUCAGCUCCCUUCUCUAAUGUACAAAGAUAAUUCUCUGUUUAGUUAAUGAUCGUGCCUUUACUAGUAGGUAGCAAAGUAAUAUCACUGUAAGAAUCAAGUAAAAUAUGUGCAUUAGGUUUGGUAUACAGUAUAGGCCCAACACUGCAAGGUUCUAGCUGCUCUCAACUUACUUUUGCCUUGCAGGAUCCAGCCAUAUAAAGGACAAAAACUAUACAAAUUUUUACACGUGAGAGGUGUUUAGAUAGAAAUAUGUAAGAAAUGGUAUGUAGAAAACAAAUACUGAAUGUGUGUGUGUGCAUGCGUGUCUUUAUAUUUACCUAGAGAUGAACUGAAAACACUAAUCCUAUGGAAUGAAAACUUAGUGUACACAUUGCUUUUUUAAAAACAUGAUUAAUCGUUAUUGUAACUUGUUCAGUAUCUAUGCAAAUGGUGUAGUAUUGUCAAAAAUCUGUUGUAACAGGAAGCUUUUUUUUUUUAAUGGAGAAACCUAGUGCUAUAUCUGCAUUAGUGGGUUCCCUUAGUGAAAAACAGACUUAUUCUAUGUAACUGUUAUCAUGCCUAUGUCACUGUAAGUUGCAGUUUCUUUAUUCUAACUGCCAAUAAAGUGUUAGUGGCAAUACGUCAAGGGAUUGCUUUGGUAAUAUGGUUAGGUAUUUAGGCAAUUAUCCUUUACAUUUAACUAAGCGAUUGUACAGCUGUGCUGUGCACUAACUGCAAAUGACUCUGUCACGAAUAAGUCUGACACAACACACACAGUAGUUGUUACAGAUAUUUAAUAAAGUCUUAGAUUGUGAAUGAAUAUGUUGUCACCCCUCACCUCCAAGCUAUCCCUGCAAAUGCAGCAGUAUGCCUUUAUAAAGGCAGAAUUAUUUUUAAAGUAAUAGUGCUCUACUAAGUACCUAUCCUGGGUGUACACCGUGCAUCCUGGAAUACUCAAAGAUUUAAGCAAAAGGGGUGAAAUCUAUCUACCACAGUGCAUUAAGCAAUCACAAGGCUCUGCACGCCACUUCAGUAGUACAUGAUGCCUUCAACACUGGGAUGCCUUUCAUACUAAAUGAAUUUAAUUCACAUAUGUAUUUACAGAUCCUUUUUUGGUUACAAACGCUUUAAUGCUUUUAGGCCCUGGUCCUGCAAAGGGUACAAAUUACAAUGUGCAAUGUACACAUUGAAGUCAAUGGGACUACUUGCAGAGUGUAAAGUUAAACAUGUGUGCCAGGAUUUGCAGGAUCACAGCCGUACUCCUCAACAGGUUAUUCACAUAACAUAGGAUACUUAUUUCUGUUUUAGUCUCCUGUAGCUUUAAUAUUUUAUUUCCUGAUAUGUGCUUUUUGAGGGCCUCUUCAUUUUCACAGUUGGCUUUUCCAAAACUAAUUGCAAUCAUGUCUCUACUCCCCCCCUGAACACAGUUUAUGAUUUGAUUCUAGGAAUUAUUCAGACACUAACCAACUUAAAGGACAUUUGUACAGGCGUGCAUAAGACUGAAUUGUAUGCAUAAAUGCUGCUUUUUAUUGUCUGCUGGGCAAAUUCUGAUGUCUUUAGAACAUUUUCAUUCAGCCCAUCUCAGGCAAACUCCCACUGAAAUCAGUAUAAGUUGGGCAGAGUCUGAGUCAAGGUUAACAGGGUUUGGCCCUGUAUUGCUUAGGAGAAUUGUUUUCCUUUAGUGUUCGCAGAUUGGAAAGCAUUUAAUAUAUUUGUUUAAUACAUUUUAAAAUACUUUUGUGUUUUAUCAUUUUUAAAAAUGCUAGUAUUUCUGUCUUUUGGAACUUUGCUCUAUCACUGUUUAUAUGUACAUUGCAGUAAUUAUUUCAAGUGUAUUUUAUUUGCUGCUCUGCAUUUAAAUGUAGAUAAAAUGAUGAGCUUCAUAUAUAAAUUUAUAUUUGUGUAAUGCUUUAGUCUAAAAAAACUAAUUUUUAUUAAUGUAAAAAUGUGUUUAGAAUGUAUGUAAGAAUUAAAAUACUUUAUGGUGCCUGGGUUUUUCACUUUUGCAGUAGAAUAUUAUCAGUAUUCUUAGUUGCUAUAGAAUUGUGAUGGAAAUUAUACUGCUGCUGUUUUAUUCACUGUAAUAUAUGCUUCGUAGGACAAUCAUCAUGCAUUUGUUCUAUAUUUUUUAAAAUAAAGUUAAAAAUCACUUGCA